UCACCUUGGGAUGGAACUUUCUACUUCAUAUACGAGAACCACUUGUUCUGGUUUCGCUCAGCAGAAAAGGACGCCGGCUAUCGUAAGGAGGAGGCAAUUACGGUCUCGGGUUUCGGAUCUCCAGCUGUCUUGAAGCAGUUUUUCGACCACUGCCGGGACGAGUACCUGAAGCUCACUGAGAACAAGACCACUGUCUUUGAGCACCAAGAGGGCAAGUGGAAAAGAACAAAAUUGAGGAGUAUUAGGCCACUCUCAACUGUCGUCAUGAAGGAGGAAGAGAAAAAAGAACUUGUGGAAGACAUCGAAGGGUUCCUCGGCUCCGGAGCUCGCAUGUGGCAUGCCAACCGCGGUAUCCCGUAUCGGAGAAGAUACCUGCUCUACGGACCGCCCGGGACCGGGAAAUCCAGCUUGUGUUUGUCGAUAGCCGGACGCUUUGACUUGGACGUCUACGUUCUCAACAUCUCCGACAUAGACGCCCGCGCUAUGAAUAUGUUACUCACGGAGCUUCCCUCUAGAUGCGUCCUCCUAUUGGAGGACGUGGACGCUGUCGGCAUGACGCAACCUCGACAGGCAGAAGCGAAUACCGAACGAGCUAAGAAAGAUUCGGCGAAGCCCGAAGGCAAGUUGCCCCUGUCAAACCUCCUCAACGCUCUCGACGGGAUAUCAUCACACGAAGGCCGGCUGCUCAUGAUGACGACGAACCAUAUCGACUAUCUGGAUCCGGCUCUUAUCCGGGCGGGUCGUACGGACAAGAGAAUUGAGCUUCCACAUGCUGAUAAGGAUGUGAUGUUUCGGCUUUUCUGCAUGGUCUUCAAGCGGUCGACGAGUGAUAUUCAGGAUCCGGGGAAACCGACAGAAGAUGACGCAGCGAUUGAAAAAUAUGCACAUGAAUUUGUUGGGAAAUUACCGGAGCUGGAGUUUUCCCCGGCCGAAAUACAAUCCUACCUGCUGGAGCAUAGAGGCUCAGCUCGUACAGCGGUAGAGAAGGCGCAGCAGUGGGUGGCUAGAACGAGAGAGGAAAGGAAGAAAAUGAAGAGGGCGGAUUCUUUUGUUACGGUUUCGGACUCGAUCACAAGAUUUGCUUGGGAGUCAUCAUCUCAUUUUUGGGGAGGCCAGAUUGAGAUGCUGCUGGGGGAGGCUCGCUUUGCUGCACUUUACAAAACAGAUUGCAAGAAAUCUAUUCACAUCUGCUUUCUGCUCGCGCAAACGUUAUGGGAAGGUCCAUUGAUCAGCGGGCAUCCACUCCAUCCCAUCGUACCACGUAGUGGACAGGAAGAGGCCGUGGAGAGCUAUCGGUGA